AUGUCAGCGUCUAAUUUUAUUGAAGCAUAUUUCAGUAAUCCUACAACAGUUCAGACAGAGGGAGGGAGAGAGAGAGAGAGAAAUAAGCUGUAUGCAAUCAGGCCAGGCACGUACACCCAGAGUACACGCCCACUCUCUUUCCUGCAGUGACUGUUUCUGCCUUGAGAAAUUUACAACAACGAAAUUGCUGUUCUCUUAGAUUUGCAGCACACCACCAUGCGGUUUUAGGCAAGCAGGUCACCAGUUCUUGCAGAUCAUGGAUAAAGGGUGGUUUAUUGGACACCAAAAGAUUCCCUCUUCACAAUCUGAGCAGCAGAUGUCCAGCUCUUACAACAGCGUCUCAAGGCCCUGCAUGACUAUCAACUUGACUGAAAUACUUCAAGCUGACAGACCUAAUGUAGUGAAGAAGCCAAUUCCAAUCCGCCCCCCAAGCUCUAGAGUCUCUCCACUAAGAAACAAGGAAUACCACCGCAGUCUCUCCUGUGAACCCACGCCUAAACCAAUCAUCCGACAACGGUCACACUCUCUGCCUUCCACCACACAGAAGAAGAAACAAUGUAGAAAUGUCGGUGUGCGGUUUGUUGACUCUUUGGGCCUCGACCUGGAAGACAUCAGGCUUUUCAAAUCUGGAGAGGAUCCCUUUGUACCACAUCAUGUAACCUUUAGAUUGUUGAUGGGUGCUGAGUUGGCAGAUGGAAGGCAUUUGGAGAUUUCUUUGCCAUACAUGAAGCCGUUUUUUUCCCAACAACCUGGCGACCAGCCAGGAUUCCUGCAUCGUCUCCGUGAGCAGAAAGUGUGUCUGGAAAGAGUCUUGUGUUUUGAACUGGGUGUUAUUGGAAUCACCCAGGUCAUCAAUUUGGACUUUGAGAAGGACGUCACAGCUCGCUAUUCAUUUACAGAGUGGAAGAGCUGCACAGAAACGAAGGCGUCAUGGGUGUCUACCAUCACCAAGACCUGGGAAGGGGGAGGGGGCGAACUCAGUUAUGAUACAUUUCGUUUCCACCUGCCUGUUCCUCCUUUCUUGCAGCCAGGAGCAGAGCUAGAGUUUGCCAUUCAAUACAAAGUCUGUGGGGCUGAAUACUGGGACAACAAUGAUGGAGAGAAUUAUAAGUUAGUUUGCCAUAACUACAAGCUCACUGUGCCCAAAGAAUGUGAGGAUAGCAUGGUGCACUUCAUCUAGGAUGCUGACUAAAGAUAGAAGAAACACUUAGAAGCACUUUAUGACUGUUGUCAGCAAAGACCUGCUACAAAAUGUAUAACUGCAUUGUCAUAUAAUGUUCAUUAUGUUAGACUAAUGCUAAAAGAAGAAUUUUUGAAUCAGGUCAGAUUCAGUGUAAACUGUUAACUUAGGCAGAGCGAAAAUUACAAACACUAGUGCUCUUAAUGCCUGAUGCUCACUUUAGUGCCACAGUCUUACUUUUGUGAUUUCUCUUUAAAAAAAAAAAAGCAAAGUAAUAUUCACUUUUCCUUGCUAUUUAAAUAAAAAAAAAUGCACUUUUAUGUAGAAUCAACCAAUGGUGAUGACACCCACUGAGUGAUAUAAAUAUUCAGCAAUUCGCUGUUUUCUUCCAGCUGCAUAUUUGACAGAAAAUAGUUUUAUAUAAUGCAGGAAUUUGGUCUGCUGAUGAACCAUUUUGCUUUGUAUUCAGAGUUUAUUUUUGAGUCAAAUGUUGUCAAAUGUCAAAACCAUGCAAUAGAUACAAUUUUAAUGUCUUAUAAUGAAUGAGAAAUUAAUGCUUAUUUUGUUAAACAAUAAAGCAAAAUUGCACAUAAUGUUCAA